CAGAACACCUCCCCUCCAGGAAGUAUUAUGUCACAUGAAGGGGUGGCAGUCUCACACUCUGAACAUAGCACAUAGAACUUCUUUCUUCACAGUAAAAGAUGUGUUUCCAAACUGCCUUGGACCACAUAAAUCCGGCAGUGACAAAUUGAAGAGAAUUAAGUACCUUCAGAUCAUUGCUUUGGGGAUCAGUCACGAGAGGCAGAAUGCGGGACAUGCUGGAGAGGCUGCAGACCAUCAGUGAGGAGCAGGAGGACUUUGAGCCAGAGUUUUAUGGACCCGAGUAUGAUGUGGACAAGGUGACACUGUCUCAAGAGGCAGUCUUGUUUGAGAACUGCUUACCUCUUGACAAAAUCCUAGAAGAGGCCAAUUUUAUUCGUAAGGAGAUCUCCUUGCUGAAGUUACAGGUGGAGCGAUUGCGUAUAAACAACGAACGCUUUGGCACCUCUAUGCGCCUUACCCUUCUCAAAAAGGACAGUGACUCCAUCGCCAGGGGGAUCCAGCAGCAUGGGGAGGCUCUGUACUUCCGCCUUCAGGCCCUGGGUAAAGAGAGUGCCCAGCUUGCAGAGAAUGAUCCCCACUCUGCAGUCAGUCGAAUUGCACGAGUUCAGUACAACACCCUUACCCAGGCCUUCCAUGCUGCCAUGAGUGAUUACAACGACGCAGAGGAGAUGCAGAGGAGGAUGUGUCGGGGUAGGAUCCAGAGACAGGCCUCCAUAUUGGGAAAAGAUAUCAGUGAUGAGCAGCUAGAUGUGAUGGUGGACAAAGGUGGAGAAGGAUGGGCUGAGCUGUCCCAGAGUCUGCAGUCACAAGGUACACGCACGUCCCGCUGGGCGAUGUGUGAGAUCAAGGGGAGGCACAAGGAGCUGGUGGAGCUGGAGGUCAGGAUGAAAGAGGUCCAUGACUUGUUCCUUGACAUGGCUGUGUUGGUGGAGGAGCAGGGGUCCAUGAUCAAUAACAUUGAGUCUCAUGUGUUUACAACUGAAGAAUACACAGAAAAGGUCAAUGUGCACAUCAAGAGGGCUCUGGAGUGCAAGAGGAGAAAUCCUUUUCUACAGUGUUGCCCUUGUUUACCCUGUUGGAGACAUAACAAAAUAUUUUAGUCCAUUUUUACAUUUUACAACACAACAGAUGAUGAGAAAAUCAAAAUAAAUGUAUGCAGAACUGAGCAGAUCAUUUUUAAAACAAAGUUGAUUAUUGAUACACUUCACAGAUACAUCCAUGAGCUCGGGUGUAACAGAAACUGUUUUCUCUCUGACUAGCACACUAUUCCUUCUGUCAGUGUGUGUAGCUUAGAGUUUUUCAAGGUGUUGGGUUACCAGCUGUUUAAAUAUCAGAGUGAAUUGGCUGAUCCUGUCAUCUUGAUUACAGUCAAUCCAAAUGUAUGUUGUUUGAGUAUAUAAGAUAUGUUUGUAUGUUAAAGAGAAUGAUUUGUUUAUUUAAUCUGAAAUUGUGAAGCAGUUCACUGACAUGCAAAAUAAAUGGAGUUAAUAAAAA